AUGAUAAAUAUAUUUCUUGUAUUAAAUUUUGCCGUAAGUUUAUUUUUUCACUGUGAGGUCUUUCUUCUUGUACGCAAAAAAUUUUUCGAAGGAGCUUCCUCUUUGAAACGAGAUUAUUUUUAAGCUAGUCAACCCCUCAAUAACAAGACUGGAAUCAAUUUUAGCACUUAUAAGGGUUUUAGACUUUCCAAACUUCCCGCAAGUUUUAAUAUUUGAAAAAUUUUUCUAAAAAAAUGCCGAAGGAACUAUUUUUUUAUGAGAAAAAAAUAUUUUUUUCUUUCGAGUUUCUUAAAUAUGUCGUUUUAAGUUGUUCCAAUUUUAUUAGUGAGAAAAAAAGCAUCUAUUCAUUUUCAAAAAAAGAAUUUUUGAGAAAGUAAUUGGAGAACACCUUACUGUAAAUUCAGAUUUUUUUGACUGAAUAAUAUUAGAGUAGCCCAAAAAUUCAUUUUUGUGGUUCGUAGUGAAAGUCUAACUUUCUUUUUUUUUUUUUCAAACUGUCGCUUUCAAAUAAAUUUCAAAUUCAUUGACUCAAAGACAUAGGAAUUUAUUUUUUUCUUUUUUUGAAAAAUUUUUUUGAGGAUUUCGAAAAUGCGAUUUGUGGUAUAUUUUUCAAAGCUAGGGGCAACCACGUUUAUUGGGUUUUUUUGAUGAAAAAAAUUUUUUUAGCUUUUUUUCAAAAAAAUACACCAAUAUGUUGUGAUUGAACACAUAAUGUACAGAAAAACUGACGGCAGAGUCGGAGAAAAAGCCACGUUUCUUUAUUUUUCACACUUCGAAAGGCGCGCAAUGGAAAUAAAGUCGAUAUGGGAAUAUUUUCACAACGGCCAAAGUGAGAGAAAUCAAGAGAAUGAAGUUAACGUGUGAAGUAGUUUGGCGUUCUUUUUGUCCUCUUAUCGAUUGCCCUAAGAAGAAAAAGAACCAAAGUCGGAGGAAGAGAGCAACACUUUUUCGAGGGGCUCACUCAAGGGAAUUUUUUGCAGAUCUGUGCGUUGGGCCUUGUCCAGAUUCAGCUCAACCAUUUUUUCGUCGACUUCAAUGGGCCCAUCUCCCAGCUUCUGCCAAAUUGCGUAGGCGUCGACACCGACUUUGGGGUCUACCUGACAGAUUCCAAGUGAGAUCCAUUUUUGAGCCUAUGACUAUUUUUCUUCUGCUCCUAGUUAUUCAGCUCUCCAAACGUUCUCUAAAUUGCAACAAAAUGCUGUCAAAACCACAAUGUCCAUUGACAACAGUACACUGUUCACUCUACCGUCUGCUACGGUAACUUAUCUGGUCUUUUUUUAAAAACCUUCUUUUCAGAGUUUUGUCUCAGUAGCUGCUUCCUUUUCAAUUAGAUGUUCAACUUCGCCGUAUCCCAUCACGGACAUGUUCCUUAUUUUCACUGACUACAAAGAUUCCGUUGAUGAAAACAGCGUUUCCAUCAACGUCCGCACACUUUCAGUGACUUAUGGAUGGUUGGUAUUCAAAACUUGUUCAUUUGGAUACUUACUGUGAAAAAAAGCCGAAUAAAAAUCGCGUGAAAAGCUAAACAUUGAAGCGUAUAAUUAUUAAUUUUUCGUCGUGGUGAAUGAGAAAAAAAACUUUUUGAAGGGUCCUGACAUGCGGAUUUGUUCGAUUUUGCGAAACCCCAACUGAAUUUGGUUUCAAUUGCGAUCAACACUGCUUACCAGUCAACGACAUGUAUUUUUGCUACACGUGUGAUGGAUUCGGAAGAAAACUUUGCUGCGACAAAAACGACGUCAAUCAAAGUAUAGUCUAUUUUGUAUAUUUGUUACCUUAUUUAUACACAUACUUAGGAAAGGUUGUUAAGAAGGUGAAGGGCCCCUGAGUCAAAGCUAAAUGAAGAAAAAAAGUUCGGUUUCAUUUCACACAGCACCUUCCUAAAAAAUGAGUCAAAGAAAUUGAAAAAAAGGUAAAAAUGAAUUUUGAAGGUGAUUGCUCCUACAACGGAUAUACUGGACCCACACCAAGCACCACAACUGUAAUGUCAUCUACGAAUUGCAACGGGAGCAGUGUUUGCUUUGUGAUUAUCCUUCUUUCUUCAAAGUUUUUUUCAGGCGAAAGAGAACGCCUACUUCUGGAGCAUGAUCGGCCUGGCCAUUCUUUCCGCCAUUUUAUUGCUUCUAUUGAUAAUUGCGUUGGGUUGGCUGUUUCUUCGUCGCAAGGAGUGGGUUUGAGAAGAGGAAAAUGAUAGCAAAAUCACUAAAAUAUUAAUAAUCAAUUAAUUUAUGCAUUCAUCAGUGAUAUUCGCGGUUUUUUUCCAACAAUAAGUUCGGAUAUGAACUCUUUUAUUCUUGUAACAUCUAGUUUAUUCAGCUUCAUUUGAGAGACCUGACAAUAUUUAAUGAGCUUCGAAUUUUUACGGGGAAAUCUCCCGAAGAAAAAAUAGACCUUGAAAAAAUGAGAAAAUUCGUAUAGUAGAAUGUAUUCUGAUCAUGAACACUAAAAAGUGAUAACUUUCAGGUUGAAAGAAGAUGAAUCUUCGAAGGAAGAGAAAAAUAAGCCGAAAAAUAGUAAAGCGUCUCGUGAAUCACGGCCAGUCUCAAGAAACUCCGGAAGAAGAUCUAGACGACCUUAUUAUAUUGUGAGUCAGCGAAGUGUAACACUUCCGCUAUCUAUUUAUUUUUUAGGAUGAUCAUUAUUUCGAAAAUCAAGGUUACGACGAUGUAAGUGUCCUUUUUCCUGCGACUCUCUUAACGAGUUUUCAGGAUACUCUUGCUGAUGAAUGGGUUGAGCCUAUGCCUAGAAGAGUGGCGCGUGUUUGA